AUGAGAAGCACGGUGAACAGAAGUACAGGUUUUUCUCCAAACAGUACGAUGCUUGGCAGAGAAACCACCACACCGGUAGAUUUAAUGUUAUGUAUUACGUCCAGUAAGAAUCACCCACCGGCAAUUUAUGUUAAAGAGCUGGAGAGAAAUAUGAUUCAGGCGCAUGAAACUGCACGGAAACACUUGACGGAAAAUCUGUGUAGAAACAAAAGAGAUUACGAUUUGAAGGUCUUGCAGAAAGAAUACCAAGUUUGGGAUGCUGUGCAUAUGCUGGACAUGGCGACAGUUAAGGGAAAAACUAGAAAGUUGGGGUGGGAUAAUGUAUCGGAUUCAUUGUUCCGAGAAUUAGUCCACGACCAGUAUAGACUGGCUGUCCGGCAAGGUAACAGCGGCUGGAUACGAGACGCCAGAUACUAUUCUGGAUUGAGAUUCAUUGGCAGUCCAGACUGGAUGGAGGAAGCGUUGCCUGAGGUAUCGCUUGGAAAGUCUAGGAGCAUGCAUCCAGGUCUCGGUCGCCAUUAG